AUGGCGACUUUCAGCUCCCGACUGCUUUUCUCUGCUGCUUUUUUGGUAAGAGUUGGGUUCUUCCUUUACGGCAUAUAUCAAGAUGAGCAUUUCGAUGUAAAAUACACAGAUAUCGACUAUUUUGUGUUUAACGAUGCGGCCAAAUACGUUUCCUUGGGAUUGUCGCCCUUCCUGCGGGACACUUACCGCUACACGCCGCUUUUGAGUUGGCUGCUGGUGCCUAAUCACCUUUUGAACUGGAUUCACUUCGGGAAGAUGCUCUUCGUGGUGUUCGAUCUGCUAACAGGAGCCCUUAUUUUGAGGCUCCUGGAAACAGAAACACAACGCAAACGUCUGGUUCUGAGCUCGUUAUGGCUUCUAAAUUUUAUGGUUAUCACAAUUAGCACGCGUGGAAACGCCGAAAGCGUGCUGUGUUUCCUGAUCCUGCUAUCACUGUACUAUUUGCGUCAGGAAAAUUACGUCCUUUCCGGCCUGGUCUAUGGUCUAGCCAUCCAUUUCAAGAUAUACCCGCUCAUUUACAGCGUUCCGAUCGCAGCGUAUGUGUAUUUCAACCGGAAAGCUGGACUUGGUGCGCUGCUCAAAAUCGGAACUGCCACACUUGUCUCUCUGGGAGCUUGUUGCUACGGGAUGUACCGUCUGUACGGGGAAGAGUUCCUGGAUCAGGCAUACUUUUACCACUUGUACCGCACGGAUCACAGACACAAUUUCUCGGUCUUCCACAUGUUGUUGUAUUUCCAGUCUGCGCUUCCUGACAAGUCAUAUGGCGCACAACUAGCGUUUUUGCCGCAAGCAAUAGUAACAUUGGGGCUAUCGGUACUGGUGGUUCGCAACCGCAGCUUUAAUUAUCUGCUCUGCGUACUCUUUUUGCAGACCUACGCUUUCGUCACCUUCAACAAAGUAUGCACAUCGCAGUACUUCAUUUGGUAUUUGAUCUUCCUGCCAUUCUACCUUGCAAGAACACAGCUCUCAAAGACCAGGGGAAUCUGCAUGGCUAUUGCCUGGAUUUUAACACAGUCUUUUUGGCUUCUACAGGGCUACUUACUGGAGUUCAAGGGCCAAAAUGUAUUCUUUCCAGGUCUUUUUUUGGCUAGUCUAUUGUUUUUCCUUGCGAAUGUUUGGAUUUUGGGCCAGUUCAUUCAAGACUUGGCUCUUUCAAAUGCUCGCAUCCAGCACAAGAAGACUAGCUAG